CUGGCGAUGUCGGAGUCCUACGAUUUCUUGUUUAAAUUCCUGGUGAUUGGGAAUGCUGGGACUGGCAAAUCAUGUUUGCUGCAUCAGUUUAUAGAAAAGAGAUUUAAGGAUGAAUCAAAUCAUACCAUUGGAGUAGAGUUUGGCUCCAAAAUCAUCAAUGUGGUCAACAAAAUUGUCAAACUGCAGAUUUGGGACACAGCUGGACAAGAAAGGUUCAGGUCAGUAACCAGAAGUUACUACAGAGGAGCAGCAGGGGCCCUUCUUGUCUAUGACAUCACCAGUCGUGAAACCUACAACGCUCUCACCACGUGGCUGAGUGACGCCCGGAUGCUGGCCAGUCAGAACAUUGUCAUCAUCCUGUGCGGAAACAAGAAGGAUUUAGACGCUGAUAGAGAAGUGACUUUCUUGGAGGCAUCACGCUUUGCGCAGGAGAACGAGCUGAUGUUCCUCGAAACAAGUGCUCUGACGGGGGAGAACGUGGAAGAAGCUUUUGUCCAGUGUGCUCGCAAAAUUCUCAAUAAGAUAGAAUCAGGGGAGUUAGAUCCAGAGAGGAUGGGAUCUGGUAUCCAGUAUGGCGAUGCCGCACUGCGCCAACUCCGUUCCCCUCGUCGUGCUCAGCCACAGGGCGCCCAAGAGUGUGGCUGCUAGUAGGCUCACCUAGAGGUUAUUGAGGACAUCAAUAGCCAGGUGGAACCUAAAAUUCUUCUGGUGACUCCUCCCAGACCUUUAAGUGGAACCUUUGUUGCCAUGACCGCGCUAGCCAACGAACCUGAGAAGCCUUCCUAAGCCUUCCUUGGUCACCGCACCACGUCCACUUUGCAGCAACCCUGUCUGCGCCUAGCCCUCAAGCUCAAACCGCCGGCUCACCUGUAUUUGUUACCAUGGCUCCCUUACGCUGUUGACACGCUCUCCUUUCCACUGAUAUGAACACCUGCGCCCGCCCCUUCGAGGAAGCAUCUUCUACACUGUACAAUGGACCUGUAUAUAGAGCUUGACGCAUGUUUUCUCAAAAUAUCAAGCGGUUUCAUUAUGAGAACAUAUUAGCGAGUUAGAUAUCCACGUGUGCUCGACACUCCCGUGUAUUUUUAAUAUCAUAUCGAGAUAAGGUAUAAACAAACAUUAUGGAAGGACAGCCGAUUGUAUAUUUUGUAAAUCAACGCUGCCAGAUGUAGAUCCUACAAUCCUACACGUUAUAUGUGUGUAAACUUAAUACAGUACAUUUAUCAGUUAUAAUUAAUCAUAUCUGACGCUGUAGCAUGUUUCACCCAAAGGAUUUCAAUGAUGUCGCCGAUUUUCUUUGCUGCUUGUGUACAUGACUUAACUGCUAGGGUCUCAAAAAACAAUUGUUUUGUUAAGUGUUGCACCGAUACCUAGUAUCGGAAGGGGCCCAAAUUCAGCAUUAAAACGCAGGCAUCAUUAUCGACUAGUACUAAGAAAUAACGCGUUGAUCCUCCGCAUAAUGUAUUCUUCGAGAUUCAGUUUCAAACCGCCGGUCGCUUUUCCCAAGAUGGCCGCCAAUUAUAAACACCGCCAAAGAAGAAGAAAAAAAAUCUUUUUUUUUUUUUUUUUUUUUAAAUCUUAGUUUAGCAGUCUUAUUCCUACAGUUUAACAUAUGGAUAAAUGUACAUGUUGAAUGGUAAAACCAGCCAGGAUUAGAAAUUUUAUCAACACUUACAUAGGUGGGAAAACCGGCUAGCAAACUUGCGUUCUUUGCUAACAUAAGUGAUUAGCACAUAAGCUAAGCUAAUGUACUAAUGCGGUAUAUUGGCACUGACUGUGGACCUAAUACGAAUAUCAUGCUUGAUACCAAAUAGAACAAACGUUAAAUAAAACAAAAACAUUUUGGUCUUGAAGAGCAUUUUAAGUCUCAAGUUUUAGAGGAGUCCAUUCAUCUUUUGUUAACCAUACCAGGUAUGCACAAUGGUUAUUAAGCGGGGUCUGACCAACCACGAGAACAAUUAGUUAACAUUCAAGUGAGUAUUCAGUAAUUUACUUCUAAAGACCAGAAACACCAACCAUCACAGCCAAGCUACCAUGGAGAUUUUUCCAGAAAUUGUGUUUUCUUGCUCUAAAAGAAACUUGUGCAGUAUCAGCAUUGGCUGAUACCAUACAGUCUAGUAGUGGAAACGGUAUCGGUGCAACACUAGUAUUGUUUAUCUGUUGUUUGUAGAAUACCGUGAAACUGCCUGCGGUACAUAUGUUUGCUUUCAUAAAUCAUUUUUAAAAAACGUUUCAUAGUAAGAAUUAAUUUGAAGAAUUGUUUCUUUUCCUUGUAAUUUUAGCUGUUAAAUUUAACGGACACAUCGAAGGAAACCAGGAAAAAAAUAUACCAGUAAUUACACAUUAAUAACAUAAUUUAGGUGUCUUGUGUUUGUGUCAUCCAUUUAAUGGAAGAUUUUCUUAUAUCAUGAAUUUUAAAUCAUGAAGAAAAAAACAUUUUUUUUUUAACCCUUUCAGGAACAGUGGCUACUACAGUGGACAUCUAUUUAAAGUUAUCAUUAGCUUACAGCAAGGCCGGCCCAGCCUAUACGCAAACUAUGCAGCUGCUUAGGGCCCCUUACCACUAAGAGCCCCCAAUCUGGCAACCUCAUUUUAUACGUUGUUAAUAGAGAUUUGUGAAUAAUGUGUUGCGCAUUGCCGUUUAUCGGUGUAAACAUCCAUUUUCUUGUCAUUACAAUCUGGCAACCUGGGGAGUGACGUUGAACCUGCUUUGCAAUGAUUAGUGCUCAAACUUGCUUGGAAAAUAGAUGCACGAAUAUGUCGAAGAGAAUUUAUCCUUCUGGAGCAGAGAAACGAAAAAUCUGAUUAAUAUACAAAAUAUGGACGUAUGGGUUGGAUUGCAUCUAUGGGUUUCACAGUACACUGUGACGAAAAAUAUGGGCCCCUUGGCAUUAUUUUGCUUCGGGCCCCCAAAUGGCCUGGGCCGGCCCUGGCUUAUAGCCCAGGUCACGGAGUUGGCCAUGUAGUGGUAGUUGGUAAAAAAGGUAAAUUGAUAGAAAACAACUUCUCUCUGCUAAAGACAUCCAAUCAGUUUCAGCCGGUUCCAUUUUAACUUCCCAAUUAAAAUGGAUUGAACGUCUACUGCCGUCAAUUGCAGCCAGAGUUAAAAGCUGUAAGGUUAGAACAAAAAAUUAUCAACAAAAUUCCCAAAGCAAAAUACGAUUUAAAAUAAUUAAAGACUUGGACCAAAAAAACGAGUGGAAACAGUAUUUAUUAAAACUUCAAAAGGUAAACAUGACAUUGUAAAAAAUAUAGCAACCCUUUGAGUGUUUAAUUAUAACAUUGCUUUCUUCAGUAUAUUGUCAAUGUGAAAAUGAGGUGACAUACAACUACUUUCUAUAUUCAACCAAACCUUUUAACUCAAGACUAUCUGCUGCUCUUGAAAACAUCAAGGAACAUUCCUCACUGUCACAA